AGGAUGAUCAUUUUCAUUUAGAGGUUUAGUAGAGCUUUGCGUUAACUCACCUUCAUAUGUCAACUUACUGUAAUAUAUAAUGUCAGGAAGAGGUGACAGCCAUCAAUACUCCCCCCUUCUACAUGGGGAUGAUGAGUUUAUUAGCUAUGAUGACAAAGACUUGGAACAACAGUACUUUAGACGCAGGAAGUUAAGGAGAAGCAAGAGAGCAUGUUGCCUGCUAAUCCUCCUGAUAGCAGUCAUCACCAUAGCAGCCAUAAUUGUCAUCAUUCUUCUUCAUGACAACAAAAGCAGCAAGUCGGAUUUUCCAAGUUCUGGGACUAAACUUGGGAAAUUUAAGAAAGCUGCCAUAGCAUCAGAUAGCAAAGUGUGUUCAGAUAUUGGCAAGGAAAUUUUGCUGAAUAAUGGUUCCUCAGUAGAUGCAGCCAUUGCUAUUUUGUUGUGCUACGGUGUGGUUAAUCCUGUGAGCAGCGGAAUAGGAGGAGGAUUCUUUAUGACAGUCUAUGAUAGUAAAAGGGGAAAUGCCUCAGUAAUUAAUGCAAGAGAAUCUGCACCUUUGAGUUCCUUUGAAACUAUGUAUGAGGAUCUUCGCAAUUCAUCAGAAUAUGGUGGACCUAGUAUAGCUGUUCCAGGAGAAGUUAUGGGGUACAUGGAGGCAUGGAAAAGAUGGGGAAAACUACCUUGGAAAGACUUGUUUGAGAAAAGUAUUGACUUAGCAAAAAAUGGAUUCCAAAUCUCCAAACAUUUGGCAGAAAAGAUGGAGCCCAAAGAGCAUAUUCUCAGGCUGGAUAAAGACACAUGGAAACACUACUCAGAUCCUAAAACUGGAAAAAUGUUGAAAGAGGGAGACUUGAUUAAAUUUCCAAAACUUGCAGAAACCUACAGGAAUCUGGCAGAAAAUGGUGGACAAGCUUUCUAUAAUGUCACAGAAGGAAGUCUAGGUUAUGAUAUACUGCAGGAUCUCAAAGAAAAGAAAUCAAACAUCAGUGAGAAUGAUCUUAGAAAUUAUAAAGCCAAGUUUGAAGAGCCAUUGAAAGUGACAAUGAGAGAUGGUAGUGUCCUCUACAGUCCCAAACCACCAGCUAGUGGAGCUGUUCUCUCAUUCAUUCUUAAUAUAUUAGAUGGCUAUAACAUGACAGCUAAAGAUCUAAAAUCAAAAGAGUCACAUCUUACGGCUUACCACAGAAUGAUAGAAGCCUUUAAAUUUGCGUACGCUCAAAGAUCAGACCUUGGGGAUCCUGCCUUUGUUUCAAAUGUUACAGAGGUUGUGAAGAACCUAACAUCUACAGAGUAUGCUGACAGAAUCCGGAAAAUGAUUUGGGAUAACACAACACAUGGGACCCCAUACUAUGGUCCAGUAUUUGACCACAAGCUGAAAACUAGUACUGCUCACUUGUCAGUAUUGGGAGAAGAUGGGAUAGCUGUGUCGGUGACAACAACUGUCAAUCUUUUAUUUGGUUCAGGGAUUACUGGGAAACGUACAGGGAUACUGUUUAAUGAUGAAAUGGAUGAUUUUUCAUCCCCAAACAUCACCAAUGCUUUUGGUAUCCGUCCCUCUCCCUCCAACUUCAUCAAGCCUGGGAAGCGGCCAUUGUCAUCCAUGUGUCCAGCUGUCCUGGCAGACAAGACAAAGAAAGUGAAGAUGGUAGUGGGUGCUGCAGGUGGUUCCAGGAUAACUACUGCUACAGCUUAUGUUGCUGCCCAUGUUUUGUGGUUUGGAGACAAUAUAAAAGAAGCAAUAGAUGCCAGGAGACUGCAUCACCAGCUUAUCCCACAAAUAGUUUACCAUGAACCAGAUUUUCCAAAGUUCUACAUUGAUGGUUUACAGGAUAAACAUCAUAAUGUAACACAAGAUGCAAUAGGGAGUUCGAUUGUUAACGGUAUUGUUCAGGAUGAGGACUGGAUUUACGCAAACAAUGAUUUUCGACGGCCUGGUGGGAGUUCAGCAGGAUGGUAAAACUCAGUUUUCCAUGAUGAUAUCCACUCCUAAGUUUAUUUGCAACAAUUUAAAGAUUAUUUGUUUAUUAGCAAUCUAAUUACUGUGAAAUCACUAAUUCUGGGGGGUA